AUGUCCAAUUCUGAACACAAGAUCAUCACUGGACAUGCCGGCUAUGUCCUUGAAGAUGUCCCUCAUCUAUCUGACUACAUCCCCGACCUCACUACAUAUCCUAAUCCGUUGCAAGACAAUCCUUCCUAUUCAGUUGUUAAGUACGUUGCUUGCUAUGUAUUAAACUUGAAGUUUGAAUUGAUUCUUCCUGGUGUUGGCAACAUUCUGUUGAUGUGGAAGAUACUGUUGCGCAAAAGGCAAGCUGUUGUUGUUAUAGUUGUACAUAAGGAUAGCUCAAGAGGGACUCAUUUUCGCCGAGCCGGGCCUCGUCAAAAGGUAUAUUUUGAGUCCGAGGAUGUGUACGCUUGUAUUGUCACAUGUGGAGGUCUUUGUCCCGGUGUAAAUACAUUGAUCAGGGAAGUAGUUUGCGGGUUACACCAUAUGUAUGGGGUGCAUAAAGUACUGGGAAUAGAGGGAGGGUAUAGAGGUUUUUAUUCUCGAAAUACAAUUCCAUUGACACCAAAGGAUGUGAAUGACAUCCACAAACGUGGUGGAACCAUCCUCGGUACCUCACAGGGAGAAGGAAGUAAUGAUACUUCAAAGAUUGUUGAUAACAUUCAGGAUCGGGGAAUUAAUCAGGUUUACAUACUUGGAGGAGAUGGAACCCAGAGAGGGGCUUCUGUGAUUUUUGAGGAAAUUAGAAGACGUGGCUUGAAAGUUUCAGUGGUGGGAAUUCCGGAAUCUGUUGAUAAUGAUAUCCCAGUUAUUGAUAAGUCAUUUGGUUUUGACACUGCUGUUGAAGAGGCACAACGGGCCAUAAAUGCUGCUCACGUGGAAGCAGAAAGCACAGAGAAUGGUAUUGGUGUUGUCAAGCUAAUGGGUCGUCAGAGUGGAUUCAUAGCCAUGUAUGCAACUCUUGCCAGCCGAGAUGUAGAUUGUUGCUUAAUUCCAGAGUCACCCUUUUACCUUAAGGGUCCAGGUGGACUCUUUGAGUUCAUUAGGAAAAGACUCACAGAAAAUGGGCACAUGGUUAUAGUAAUAGCCGAAGGUGCAGGUCAAGAAAAUAUGCAGGAUGUUUUGGGCAACAAGUUACUUCAAGAUGUUGGUUUGUGGUUAUCCCAGAAGAUUAAGGACCACUUCGCAGAAAGUCAAAAAAUGGCUAUAACUCUGAAAUACAUUGAUCCCACGUACAUGAUUCGUGCUGUUCCAAGUAUUGCAUCUGAUAAUGUAUCGUGCACUCUCCUCGCUCAAAGUGCGGUUCAUGGUGCAAUGGCUGGAUACACAGGCUUCGCAGUUGGUACCGUCAAUGGCAAGCAUGCUUAUAUUCCAUUUUAUCGGAUAAAUGAGAAUGAGAAGAAGGUUGUCAUAACUGACCGCAUGUGGGCAAGGUUACUGUCUUCAACCAAUCAACCAAGCUUCUUGAAUCCUAAAGAAAUUACCACUACUGCACAAAUGGAACACCACACAUCAAACGACAAACCAUUGUCACAUCAUUAA